AUGGAAGAAACAUUUACGACACAGAUUUCGAAUUCAAGUCAUAUACUAGCCACUAAACGACAAUUGUUACAAUAUGUCGCUUCGAUAUAUGAUCCACUAGGAUAUACUGGGCUUAUAGUCUUACAUCUGCAGUAUUUAUGGCGGCAGAAUGUGAAAUGGGAUGAUCAACUGGAAUCCGAAUUACAACAACCCAUUAACAAUAUAUUUACGGAUUGGGAAACUAUCAUUUUUCCAGGCUAG